AUGGAGGAUACACAAGAAUUAAGCAAUAUCAUACGUGUAACACCUCAGAGGAUUAGUCAAAUGAGCAGAGAAGAGAGGUUGAUGGAAGCAAUAAAUGAAAUUCAAAACGAUACAGGUUUUACUCAAAAGGAGCUCUCUCAAAAGUAUGGAGUUUCUGAAAGUGAGCUAUCCAAGAAAAAAAAUAACCUCUCCUUUAAGCCAAGAGGCAGAUAUCUCACCGAAGCAGAAGAAUUAGAGAUGAUAAAGAUGGUAGAAGAAUCAAAUACCAAGAAUAUUCCGAUAACGAAAGAGAAUAUUCUAAAUUGGGUUGUCGGAAAGGUAUAUGACAAGUAUGGCUAUACAAUGAGUCGUCACCCUGGUGGUGACUGGUGGACAAAGCUGAAACAAAAAUAUCCGAUCUUAAAGUUAAGAAAGGUUAAGUUUCAAGAUGAAGCCAGAUUAAAAGCGGAGAAAGAGGCCGAUAUUCAAUGUUUCAUCCAGAGUGUUCAUAAGGUGAUAGUAGAAAACCAAAUUCAACCAAAGAAUGUGAUAAACUCUGAUGAGAAAGGUGUUUUAUUCACGAAAAUGAAUCAAAAGGUUGCCAUUAUUGACGGUGGAAACAAAUUUGAGACAGUCAAACCUAGGUUUCCCAAGCAAUCCCAAAGUCAACACUUUACAAUGAUUGGAACAAUAACAGCAUCUGGUCAUGCUCUACCACCCUAUAACGUUCUCCAGAUUCCUAAACGAGUAAAAUGGGAACAUAUGCAAAAUUCAAAUUAUGGUGUCAUUAUUGCUAAUGAGUCAGGAUAUGUAACGCAAGAGAUAAAGAAAGAAUAUGUCGAAUGGCUUCUAGGACAAUUUAAGAAAACAGAUAAAAAGCUGCUUUUAGUAGACAAUCACAUAUCCAAUUAUUUCUUUGACGAACAAAAACUUUGUGAUGAGAAUAAUCUUAUCAUAAUGACGUUCCCAUCAAACCUGACUCACAUUCUCCAGCCUUUGGAUUUAGUCCUAUUUUCGUCAUUCUCUCAACACCUAUCGAAUUUGCUCAGAGAUGGGUUAAAGGACAAUCCAAAGUUUAAAGUGAACGAUAAACACUACCAAAUGUUGGCUUAUCAUGCUUGGUCAUCAUCAUUCAACUCAUCCAAUAUAAGAAUGUCUUGGAUUAAGUCUGGUUUGUUCAAUUGGAUGGCACAUGAAUACUGCGACCCAAUAUUUCUUAAAAAGCCGAAAAACUCUAUCUCAAAGGAAAUCGCUAUAGCCGGGAACAAAGAGAUUGUUCCGGCAAAUGCUCAAGCCAUGACCCAAAAAGAACGGGCUAUAGUAAUGAGAGAUAAAAAGCGCAAGGGUGCCAUAAUAACUUCCCAAGAUACACAGGAUAUUAUCAAAAUAACCUAUGAUGUAUCUAAAAAGAAAAGAAAGACACUAGACGAAGAACCAACAAUUUCUUUGUAUCAAGCAAACCUUCAAAUCAAUAAUACCACCAACAACAUUUUGAAUAAUGUACAAUCUUCUACAUCACAACCUCAAAUUGUUUCCCAAAAUACCUCAACUACAACUAAUACCAAUGUAGCACAAUCGAAUGAUAAAACUUUGGUUAAAUCUUUCUUUAAUUUAUUUAAAUAA